GGCUUAGAAACGUGUCCUUACGUCACCCUUGGAAGGCUCGAACCACGACCGCUACAGCUGAAGAGACACACACUUUUAGAACAGAGAGUCAGAGGGACACGCACUUGACUAGAAUAGUGGGGUUGAUGCAAUCGUCUCAGAUUAGACCGGAGUUUGCUUUUCAUUUAAUUUAUUUGGAAUUCUGCAGUGAAAGCGCCUGCGCUAGCUAACUGUACGUGACGUCAAAACCAACAUGGCAGUCAAGGUGCAAUCCACCAAACGGGCAGACCCGAGCGAAUUGAAGGUUAUCUUUCAGAAGCAUGCCAGUGUGGUGGAUGCAGAUGGCGAGAAGUUAAUGACCCCGGGGGACUUUGUGCAGAAAUACCUGGGCCUGCACACACAGAUCCACCACAACCCCAAAACUGUACAGCUCAUCGCAGGUGUAGCUGAUACCACCAAGGACGGGCUGAUCUCGUUCCAGGAGUUCUUAGCGUUUGAGUCGGUGCUGUGUGUUCCGGAUGCCCUCUUCAUCGUAGCCUUCCAGCUGUUUGACAAGACUGGCACUGGAGACAUCUCUUUUGAGAAUGUGCGGGACAUCUUCAGCCAGACCACAGUGCACCACCACAUCCCCUUUAACUGGGACUGUGAGUUCAUCCGCCUGCACUUUGGACACGAUCGCAAAAAACGCCUUAGCUACCUCGAGUUCACCCAGUUCCUACAGGAGUUACAGUUGGAACAUGCACGCCAGGCCUUUGCCCAGAAGGACAAGAACAAAAGCGGCACCAUCUCUGCCAUGGACUUUAGUGACAUCAUGGCCACCAUCCGACACCACGUGCUCACACCGUUCGUGGAGGAAAACCUGGUUUCGGCUGCGGGGGGCAGCACCUCUCACAUGGUCAGCUUCUCCUACUUCAACGCAUUUAACUCUCUCCUAAACAACAUGGAGCUGAUCCGCAAGAUCUAUAGCACACUGGCCGGUACCCGCAAGGACACACUGGUCACUAAAGAGGAGUUUAUCUUUGCUGCUAACAAGUUUGGCCAGAUCUCUCCCAUGGAGAUCGACAUCCUGUACCAGUUAUCAGGUCUUCACUCCCACUCUGGACGUCUGAACGUUUCUGACAUUGAGAGGAUAGCCCCACUGGAGGAGGGAGCACUGCCCUAUCACCUGGCUGAGAUACAGAAACAGCAGAGCCAAGGUGAUGGUUCCAGGUCAGUGUUGCUGCAGGUUGCAGAGUCGGCCUACCGUUUCAGCUUGGGCUCAAUUGCUGGAGCUACGGGAGCCACGGCGGUGUAUCCAAUAGACCUGGUUAAGACCAGGAUGCAGAACCAGAGGAGUACAGGCUCGUUCGUAGGAGAACUGAUGUACAAGAACAGCUUUGACUGUGCCAAGAAGGUGCUGCGCUAUGAAGGCUUCUUCGGAUUCUACAGAGGUCUUCUUCCCCAGCUCAUAGGCGUGGCUCCAGAGAAGGCCAUCAAACUCACAGUGAAUGACUUUGUGAGAGAUAAGUUCACCGGUAAAGGCGACACCAUUCCCUUUGCUGCUGAGGUGCUGGCUGGAGCCUGUGCAGGGGGUUCCCAGGUGGUCUUUACUAACCCGCUGGAGAUAGUCAAGAUCAGAUUGCAGGUGGCAGGAGAGAUCACCACAGGACCCAGAAUCAGCGCCCUCAGUGUCAUCCGAGACCUCGGCUUGUUCGGCCUCUACAAGGGUGCUAAAGCGUGUUUCUUGAGAGACAUCCCUUUCUCAGCCAUCUUCUUCCCAGUGUACGCCCACACCAAGGCUCAGUUCGCCGACGAACAGGGAAGACUGGGCGCAUUACAGCUGUUAGCUGCUGGAGCCAUCGGCGGUAUCCCUGCUGCCUCCCUGGUGACGCCUGCUGAUGUCAUCAAGACGCGCCUGCAGGUAGCAGCGAGGGCGGGACAGACCACCUACACUGGAGUCACGGACUGCUUCCGGAAAAUCAUGCAUGAGGAGGGAUUCAGAGCACUGUGGAAGGGAGCUGGAGCUCGUAUGUGUCGAUCCUCUCCUCAGUUUGGGGUGACUCUGGUGACCUAUGAGCUUCUACAGCGGUGGUUAAAUGUGGACUUCGGAGGGCAUCGUCCGUCAGGGUCUGAGCCCACUCCUAAGUCUCGUAUCUCGGAGCUUCCUCCGGUCAGUGCUGACCACGUGGGCGGUUACCGUCUGGCUACGGCCACCUUCGCUGGCGUGGAGAACAAGUUUGGCCUCCACCUGCCCAAGUUCAAGUCCUCUGGAGUGGUCUCCAUUCACCAUGAAACCCCUUCUGCCUCCCCUCAAGAGGAGGCUGCUGCACCCUAAAGACUGGGCCUCUAACUACCUGCCCACUCCACUAGGGAGUAUACACUUAGACACACACUCCCAGGGGCCAUGCAACAGAAAUACAUACACACUGUUUGUAUGGCCAUGUAAACAGAAAUACACACACACUCCCAGGGUCCAUGUAACCAGACAUACACACAGACGUACACACUGCCCCCCACUCCUCCCAGGGACUAAUUCAGUGCACUCUCCCUGGUCCUGGAGAGCUGACUGUAGGUCAGUAGUUAAAGCUCAGUCAGUAACAUGAACACUGCACUGUGUUGUACUGUACUGUGUUGUAUCUCCAGUGGCUGCAUGCUCCUCUUUACUUCUCUCAUCCCUCUUUUCAUCUGAAACAUGUAUUUGAAAAGGAGCCUCGUCUCCCCCCUGCAUUCCGGUU